CUAAACUAUUUGGACUGCAGUUCGGAGUCGGAAAACACCAGCGAUGAGGACGAGUUGGACGACUCGUCUUCAUACAAGAAUUUGGAGACUUUCCAGAAGCGGCACUUCCGGCGAAAAUUCAAAGUCAAGCGCAGGAAUAGUCGAGUGAAACCCAACGAAACACAACAACAGGCCACCAGUCAGGCCCGGGAGGCCGUCUCCUAUCGGGAGUUUGUGCUCCACAAUAAGGCGCCCCUUUGGAACGAAGUGAGCCAGGUCUAUCAGUUGGAUUUUGGUGGUAGGGUUACCCAGGAGUCCGCCAAGAAUUUCCAAAUUGAAUAUCAAGGCAAACAGGUUAUGCAAUUCGGCCGAAUCGAUGGCAACGCCUAUACACUAGACUUUCAGUACCCGUUCAGUGCAUUACAAGCGCUGGCCGUCGCGUUGGCUAACGUUACGCAACGCUUGAAAUAAAGCGAAAGUGACUUAAACCGUGAAUAAGUUUUCAUAUAUAAUAUAUACUACUUGUCAGUGGAAAGGGAUGGGAAAAGUAAAGGGGAAACACACGGGUGUGGACAGACAUUCUAGUGGACUAAUACACAAGGAUUUAUAUACAAGUGAGAGAGAAGCUCUCGAUAUAUACUUUGCAUUUCGCUUAAGACCUCAUAAUAUUCAACAUAAAUAAGACUUUUUUGGUUAAGUUUAUGGAUUUUGCGACUAUCGUAUGAAACAAAUCAAAACCGUAUUAUUAAUAUAAGAUAUACUUAUGAGCAGAAUAUUUAGUGUCAAAAACAGUUUUUGUUUGUUUCCAUUGGACAUAAUAUUUUAAGCAAAUGUUUUACUAAAUCGUUAGCGUUUUUGGAAAUAUUUUUUAAUUAAAAUCGACUCAACAUUUGAUUUUAAAAUGUAAAUUAUUGUUAGGAAUGUGUGCGACAAAAACUAUAAACAAUACACAUUUUAGCCAUACGUUUGAAUCAAAAUAUCAUUUCCAAUAGUUUGAAAGUUUCAAAUUGAAACACACUUUCAAACCACACAAACAAUAGCAUGAAUUU